AUGAGCACGUUAGACACAGAGUUGGACGAUAUUUUGGACAAUGCUGGUACUUUUGAAGGGAACGACGAGCUAGAUGAAGAUGUUUUACUCGGAUUGGACGAAAAUCCAGAACAAUCGUUUAACACAACACAAGACCUUGACUUGGACGAACAGCUUGACUAUGACGAAGAUGAGGAGGAGGAAAAGCGAGAUAAAUUUGAAAGUGAACGAAAACCAGCUUCAGAAAAGCCUGUAACUUCUUCGACGCAGAAUCAGGACAAAAAGCCGACUACAGAGACACAGGAACAGAAACCGGCGAACACGUCGGUGAAAGGGGAUAAGGAUGCGCAGAGUAAGGUUGUGCAAAGUAAACCUAUUGCACAGACACCUACAAAGCCAACAACGACAAAAUGUUAUGUUAACCCGAAGUUCCAGGGACGAUUGCCUUGUAAGUUGACUUUCUUUUUAGCUUCUUGAUAUUUAGGUAACACAAUGAUUGUGGAAUGUGAAGAAGACAGAUGUAGUUAGGAUUUGCAAUUUUAUUUUGAUUGAACAAUCGAUUUAAAUGCGUUUGACUAAAAUAUUAGUAGUUGUAAAGUUUUUUUGUCAAAAAUACAUUUUUGUUUGAUUAUUAGGUAUAAGCUCAGCAUAUGAUACUAUUUACAAACUUUAAAAAUUAUAUUUUAGUUAACGUAGCAGGUCCACGACCAGGACCACCUCGACCUCUUCAAAUGAACACUUUUCCACCACCAAUUCCUUUAAACGUGGUACCACCUGUGCGAAUUCAACCAUUUGUACCUUCAGUGGCAGUUGGACCACCAUUUCGUCCUUCUAUGCCGCCACUUCUAGUAGCUCCAGGACAAACUUUAGUCAAUCAAUAUGUACCCCCAGUACCAACAAGUGGACCAGUAGCUCAAGUUCUUCAGGAUCAAGAUGGUACUAUUCGGUUUAGAGCCAUGAUACCCGCUGUAGCACCACAGCCAAAGGUUAUUAUUGCUCGUGCUGGGCAUAAUGAACAACCACAUCAACAACGUGGUCAUGGUGGCCAGAAGAAUAAUUGGGCUGACAGCGUGGAGAAUUUCUUGAAGAGAACGCUAGGUAGGUUAAUAUUGACUUUUUGUAUUUUAAUUUACAUUUUGUUGGUUUUUUGGGAUUAAAAAUACAUUUUUUAGUUAAAUUUAGGUAUUUAAUUUGACAUUUUAUUUAAAAAUUUGAUAUUGUUAAUUAAAAAUAUUUUUUAGGUAACAAAUUUAAUAUAUUUUGUAUUUUUAAACUAAAAUAAGCCUGAACUUUUUGUUUUCAGCUAAAAAACGAAGGUCCAGAAGCCCGUCAGUAUCGACCUAUUCAUCAAGAAGCCGGUCUUCUUCAUACAGCUCAAGGUCGUCCUACAGUUCAAGUUCAAGAUCUUCAUCUCGAAGCCGAUCUGAUUCUAGAUCAAUUUCUAAAUCCAGAAGCAGUUCUUCAAGACAUUCCAAAUCUCGAAGUAAAUCACUAAGCCGUUCCAAAUCUAGAAGUAAAUCACCUAAACGUACCAAAUCUAAAAGUAAAUCACCAAAACGAUUAAAAUCUCCAAAAAGAACACGAAGAUAUUCACCUAAAAGGAAAUACAAAAAGUCAAAUGAUGGUAGAAGGGAUACCCGAAAUGAUAAGGAUGUCAAAAGCUGGGAUACGAGGAGGAAUGAGACAGGAAAGAGUCGAGAAGAUUAUGGAAAACGUAGAGAAAACUAUGGAAAAGGCAGAGAAGAUCAUAAAAAAGGAAGAGAGGAUAGGUCUAGAGAUGAUAGAAGGCCAAAUCGUGGUCAAGACCGGAGUCGGCCGAAGUUUGAGCGACGACGAAGAGAUUCAAAGACAGAUGAACUCAAGAACACUAUUGAAUGUGCGGAAGCGAUUGGAUUGGAUCAAGCUUAUGUGAAAAAGCUGGAAGAACAAAAGCGAUUGAGAGAAGAAAUGGCCAAAAAGAAGUAUCGUCGGGAUGAAGGUCGUACAAUCAAGGUGGAUGAAGAUAGAGUAAAGAAAGAAGCUAGAGAUCGAGAAGCAGCUAGGAAUCAAACCAAAGUUAGAAAUGACUACAAAGAAGACGCGUUUAAAAGCAGAGACGCCAAAGGUCGAGAAAAUAACCUCAGAAGUCGUGACGCUACUUCCAAGAGCAAAAACGAAACCUACAAAGCUCGAGAUGAUACCAAGAAGAGCAGAGAAGACAGGAAAAGAACUGAAGAUGGAAGAAUAAAAUCAAAAGAGGAAAAGGAAGACACAAGAGUGAAAAUAGAAAUGAAACAAGAACCGAAGCGCAAGGGUUCGGCCGAUCAAAAGCUAAAACCCUAUCUGGCUGUGGUCAUUCACAACGUCUCGGACCUGACUGAUGCGUACAAAAAUAUGAAAUCAGUGGCAAAUGCGGUGGGACCGACCAAGGUUAGUAAUGGAAUCAGUUUUUGGAGUUUUUUAAAUUUAUUUUUAUUACGUAUAUUUUAGUUUUGAUUUUUGUGUACUUAUGAAUGAACUUUGUAAAUUUUUGUUAUUUUAUAUUUUACAGUUCAUAAGUACUCAAAAUAUACAUUUUUUAUUAGGCCGUUUUAAAUGUUCUCACAUAUUUGGAAAAUACAAGUUUUAUAGUGCUGUUCUUGAAGAGUUUUUGAAAUGGCUUAAAAUGGCAUGUUUAUAACACAAGUUUUUUUUAUUUUGCGUUUUUGUAUAAUGUAGAAACAAAAUUUUGCUAAAAAAUUUCAUACAAUUAAAAUUUUGUUUCUCAGUAGUACUUGGUCAAAGUUAUGUAGAACUUCGACAAAUCUCUUGUACAUAUAAACCGAUUUUUUAAAAUUUUUCAAGGAAAUACAUUGAAUUUGCUUAGUGUUUUGUAAAAAAAUAUUUUAUAGUAUCAUAUUACCAUGAAAGAUGGUUCGUAUAAUAAUAUUUAUUACCUAUUACUUACGUUAUAUUCCUUAUUAAAAAAUUAUUUAUUGACUAUUAUAUAUUGAUUUUUAAAAUUAUGAUAUGUAACUAUGAAAGCUCACAGUACUAGGCUACUGUAAUAGCAAUAUAUUGUUUCUUACGGGUCGUGUUAUUGUUUUACGGGUAUUAUUUUGUUACUAUACGGGUCUCACAAAUCUUUUUCUUCCGGUAUUGGACACAUACUUGAUGUUAUUUAGCUUUUAUGUUAUAAAGCGGAAAAUUUUAAUGUUCUCAAUCUUACUAUUGAAACUCUAUUGUCUAUACUAUUUGAUAAAAUCUAAAUUUUUUAUUUUGUUUGAUGGCGCUAAAGUCUUGGCGCUAAUUCAUUUUUUGAGAUUACGUUUGAAUGCGCCAAGGCUUUUAUCACUAUGAUAAUAUAAUAUUUAAACUAAUUUUAAUAUUUUUUAACUGUUGAUAAAAAGUGUUAUGGUUUAAUAAACGACACUAUUGAUUAAAUUUUACCAGGUGGCUUGUGUAUCCUCAAAACCUUCUCAAAUUAUUGUUGAACUUAUUAAACCAACUUCAAAAGGUCGGCAACGAAAAAGAAAAAUAAUGGAAAAUAUGAUUUAAAAUUUUUUUAAAUUUAAUAACAACGAAAAAUUGAAAUAAAAUUAAUUUAAUCGAAAUAAAUUUCAGAAAGUAUGGCAAACAUCAGAUGAUUCGGUUUCGGUUAUUUUCGAAAGUCACGAGAACGCGAAGACGUUCAUGUUGCAGUAUCAUAUGUAAGUUUUAAAUUGUGGUUUAAUGGGUUAUUUUGGAUUUUAAAAAUUUUGAAUAUAUAAUAGGACUCCUGUAUAAAGAAUCUUUUUCAAUGACAAUUUAAAAUUUAGCGAUUUGUUAUACAUAAUUUCUACUGUAGUUUUAAUUUUAAGUUUUGGGAUAUGAAAGUCAGACUAUUUCAUGAUGAUACAGUAAUAAUUUACUGUAAUGUAAUAUAUAAAAGCAUUUAAAAUUUCAGGAAGAACUUCAACGGCGUAAAACUGGACAUCGGCUUGGAAAAGGUGUUCCUCAAUCUCUCAUCGAUCCCUUAA